AUGCGUGCCACUGGUGGUUCACUUCUAGUGCAACUUUCAAAUGGCGAAACGAAAUCUGUUACAUUCGCGAUAAGUGUGACUAAUGCAUAUAUAAUUGCUUUUCGUGCUGGAAGUUAUGUGCACUAUUUUCCAGGUACUCCGCAAACUGAGGUUCAAAAUGCUUUCCCAGAUGUUGCACCUGAAAAUCGGCAUCAACUCCCUUUCGGAGAGAGUUAUACAUCUCUAGAUAAAGCAGCAAAUGGUACUGGUAGAGAAGAACUCGAUCUGGGAGCAGAUCCACUACAGCGUGCUGUCUCGUCACUCUAUUAUAACUGUAGAAACGGGCGAAUCAGUCGCGGAGCCCAAGCAGUACAUCCAGCUAGACAUCUUAUAGUUUCCAUUCAAAUGAUUGCGGAGUCUGCACGAUUUUACAUCAUUUCAGGGAGAAUAUCCGCGUGGAUUUAUAACUCCGAGCAAAAUCCUCCAGAGCCUGACAUGCUUGAAUAUGAAAAUAGCUUGGGAGGACUCUCAAGACGAAUACAGGAGUCUGGAGAAAACGGAGUAUUUGAUGCAGCUCAGUUAAGAGAUCGUCGCAAUCAGCCUAUAUUUGUAUCCAACGUGAAUGAUUUUUACGUUAGAUGUGCCAUAGCUUUGAUGAUAUAUGUGUGUCGACCGCAUCAGCAAUCUCAGUUUUCUCGGCUCAUCAUUAUUAAGGAUGAUACUUCUGUUUUGAAAUAA